AUGACCAACGCAUUAGACUCUGAAACCAGCAAGCCUUGGCCAGGCCUACGUGCCUUUGCUGUGACUCUGGCUGUUAUUACAAUGUCACUCUUUGGAGCUUUACGGCACAACAUGGGCUCGAUAUACUAUAUUAUCAUCGGCAUCCCAGGAAUCUGGUCCCUAGUCAACUGUAUUCUAAUCGCCCUCAAGCGGCCCGUCCACCCCGGUGCCCAUAUUGUUCGGGAUCUCAUCCUCACGGUUGCUCUAUAA